UCACGAGAUAAAAGAUGACGGAUAAAAACGAUUACAGUGUACAGCUGGAUCCGGAAACAAAAAAGCAUUGUACGUUGCAUUUGUUCAAAAACGUAGAAAAUACUGCGGAAAUAAGAAAAAAAGUUAUCUCUGGCGAUCUCGCAUGUUGCAUUCUGAAACUUGCAUAUAUAGCGGAUCCAUUUCAGAUCGUAGUAGCCGCCAAUAAAGCGGCUAUCAAUGAAAGUUGUAAUCGGUUAAUUACAAAAAACAAAUCUACAGAGAUCCUGUUUUAUCUCUCGAUAACCAAAAAUAUAUCGAAAUCGUUAACGGACUUCGGAGCAAGCGACAACGAUAAGAAUAUAUUGGUCGUAACGAUUCACGAAGCAGAGGAACGAGACACCGUUUCAAAAAUGAUCGUCGAUAACAUAAAAGGGGAAAGACUAGCGUUAGAGGAGCUGAAAGAAUUGACGAAUUUGGAACUUGCAAAGAGAUAUUAUAAAAUCGAUAACGAGGAAUUAAAUGUAUCCACUUGUACGGAUUCGAUAAUAUCUAGGAUCGCUUGCAAAGACUUUUCUUCGUCGAGAUCGUAACAGGU